AAAUCGGAGCUAGAUAAUCUGCCCAAUUGAAAACCCUAAUCAUCUUCCCAACUUCAAUCUCACUCUCUGCAAAAAUGUCGGGCCGUGGAAAGGGAGGCAAAGGCCUGGGAAAGGGGGGCGCCAAGCGUCACCGGAAAGUUCUCCGGGACAACAUCCAGGGCAUCACCAAGCCGGCCAUCCGCCGUCUGGCUCGCAGAGGCGGCGUGAAGCGGAUCUCCGGCCUCAUCUACGAGGAGACCAGAGGCGUUCUGAAGAUCUUCCUCGAGAAUGUGAUCAGAGAUGCGGUGACCUACACGGAGCACGCCCGGAGGAAGACUGUUACGGCGAUGGACGUCGUCUAUGCGCUCAAGAGGCAGGGAAGGACUCUGUACGGCUUCGGCGGCUAGAAAUUAUAUUGAUUCCGUUCAGUGUUUCUUCUCCAUUGGAGAAUUCUUCGUCUAGAUCCUCUGUUUUUGUUAUUCUACUGCUCAUUGUGAACUCAGAACAUGUGUAAUGGUAACUAUUUGGAUAUUCGAAGUGUUUUUUCUUUCUUUUGCAUUUUUUUCUGCUGAUGAUUUCUUCAAUUAUUGAAAUAAUUAGAAGCAAAUAAUUGAAAUUGAGAUUCACAUAUAAUCAAGUAUUGUUAUUUGU